AUGAAAGAGGUGAUUGAGCACGGAAGCGAUCACAUGAAGGUUCUCAUCGAGGCCAUUUGUGCGGAACACAACAGGUUCUCCGGCAUUCAAAGAUACCGCAAAGACGACUACGCAAGGUGGUUUGCCAAUUAUGAUUGCUUGAUCGAGGUGCCGUUCUUUAUGGGAUCAGAGGCCAUCGAGGCCUACGUCGACGACCCGGACGUACGGUUUUUACUCACCGAGCGAGACCCCGACAAGUGGGUUACCUCGAUCAACAACACGGUGGCGGGGGUCGUGCAGAUGGCUUCCGCGUUCCCGAUUCGCCUACUCAAGCACUUCAACGACGACCUUUACUAUUUCUUCCUCCUCAACGAGCUCAUUUACGCCUCCAUUUCCGACAGUACCCUACCGGGCGAUGCAGAGAAUAGAUCCAACAUGAGGCGGAACUAUGUGUCCUACAUCGCCAUGGUAAAGAGGACCAUCCCGGCUGAUCGCCUUUGCCACAUCCAACUCGAAAACGGUCUGGGCUGGAACGAAAUAUGUCCCUUUCUCGACGUCGACGUUCCCGAUGAAGAAUACCCGCGCGGGAACGAACCUGAAAAGUUCCAGGCGCUGGUGGGCGACUGGCUGCGCCCGCGGAUGGCGAGCGCGGCACUCAAGCUGGCGGGUCUAGCGACGCUUUCGGGGACCGCGGCCGUAGGGCUGUGGCUUUGCCGGAGGACGGUCAAGGCCGCUGUGUUGACAUCGCUGACAGUAUUGUCACGGCCAUGA